AUGAUUACGGGUACACUAUGUUCUGAUCUCCAAGACGAAUCUGAUAAUUUGCUCAACAAUACGGACGAAAUUUGCUUACGACAGUAUGAACCGGUGUUUAUACGAACAUCAUUAAGCAACUGGAACAAAUAUGUGAACUAUAAAAAAGGCGUUUGUCGAAAAGACUGUGUUUAUCCGCGACGUAUUGAUAAGGGAUUUUCUGACUGGGAACGUCUAAGGGUGGAUGAGGAAAUUCGUCGAUUGCUCUCUGUGGAAAGAAACAUCGUCGAAGGUCCAGAAGAAAGAGGCCGAUAUGUUGACCAACUGCUGUUGGAAAUGGCAUUGCGGGAAGAAGCUGAAAAACAAAUUAAAGUUGACGAAGAGUAUGAGAAGCUGCUAAAAAGUAUCGAUAAUCGGCAGUACAAUAUGAAAAUUGAGGACACCAUUAUUAAUGCGUUAGUUUUGUGCUCCUAUAAAGAAGUGAACUUAAUGUGA